CAAAAUACAAAAUUAAUUUCUCUCUCUCUGCGACUUUAUUGCCCUGUUCUUGAAGAAGAAAAGAAAGGGUUGUAGAGGAGAGAGGCGGGGGCGGCCGUUUCGAAUCGGAUUCGGAUCUACCUCGAAGCCGUUACCGUUUCUCACCGCUAUUCCCGUCGAUCGCCUCCUCCAUCGCGAAAGACACAAGGUUUUAGGUUCUAGCUUUGUUGAAGCGUCAUGGCUUCAAAGCGUAUCUUGAAGGAACUCAAGGAUUUGCAGAAGGAUCCUCCUACCUCUUGCAGCGCAGGUCCUGUUGCUGAAGACAUGUUCCAUUGGCAAGCGACAAUUAUGGGGCCACCUGAUAGCCCAUAUGCGGGAGGUGUAUUUUUGGUUACCAUUCAUUUUCCUCCAGAUUAUCCUUUCAAGCCCCCGAAGGUUGCUUUUAGGACUAAGGUGUUUCAUCCAAACAUCAACAGCAAUGGAAGCAUUUGCCUCGAUAUCCUUAAGGAACAGUGGAGUCCAGCUCUUACAAUUUCAAAGGUCCUGCUCUCUAUCUGCUCAUUGCUUACUGACCCAAAUCCUGAUGAUCCUCUUGUACCCGAGAUUGCCCACAUGUAUAAGUCAGACAAGGCAAAAUAUGAAGCCACUGCACGCAGCUGGACUCAGAAGUAUGCCAUGGGAUGACAGUUGUAGGAUAUUGCAAAACUGGAACCAUAAUUUGUGGAGUAUGUUUGGUUUGUUAUGCUUUGCUUUUCCAGUGGUUGUAGAAGGAUUGGGGUAUGUUUGGUGGUGUUUGAUACAAAGAAACUAUAUAUUGGGUUCCGCGGGAAGUUGUUAAGGCUAAGAUGUUUUUAUGUUUAUGUAUCCAUUCCAGUUUCUUGCUUGAA